UGUUCUCACUUGCAGAAUUCAAAACACUAGAUCGCUAAUGAUGAAUGAAUGCCAAUACCUUCAGUGUAAUUUUACUCAGCCAUGAGAUAUUAUCAUUCACAGGUGUAGUUAAACACAUAAUGGUUGACACAAAGGAAAGAGCCGUGGGUGCCCUAUCAUCUACCAUGGACCCAGGUGGAAAGAACAAAGAGAAUGAGAAGAAGAAGAGGUCCCGUGUGAAACAGCUGCUUGCGGAUGUGAAGAAGCAGGUGGACUUCUGGUUUGGGGAUGUCAACCUUCACAAGGACAGGUUUCUGAGACAACUCAUUGAGGAGUCACGAGAUGGAUGUAAGUAGUUGUAAUGGGCAGCAUUUGGAGUCAUUGUCCCAUCCUACGUAGCUGUUGCCUGAUCCCAGAUCUGUUUGUGCUGUCUUGCCAACUGCUAUGGUCAUUGAGUUGGCAAAUGGCAAGACAGCACAAACAGAUCUGGGACCAGGCUAACAUAGCUGGAAACGGCAACAAUAAGUGUUUUGUCUAUCUUGUGGUCGGGGUAGAAUUUUGGCCUAUAUUUGUGAUGGAGAUUAAGGGAUAACAUACAACAAUCAGCCUAUUCUCACUUGUCCUGUACUGCUCCUUUGGAAUUAUGUUCCUCUCAACUAACAGUGGUUUUAUUUUCUACAGAUGUUGAUAUAUCUGUUUUGACAUCCUUCAACCGAAUGAAAAAUCUGACAACUGAUUGCAAGUUGAUUGCAAGGGCACUGAAAAAUUCAUCUGUCGUUGAGGUGAAGUAUUACUGUACAUAUCCUGUUUUUCAGUUGCUGGUUGGAGUUUUGUAUUGAAUUCUUAGACGUAUGUUGUUCACUGUGAUCUGUUUUGGUCUUUCAGGUCAGCAUAGAGGGAACUAAAGUACGACGGCAGCGUCCAAUUGGAGAGGAUCCGAAAGAUGUAGACAACCGAACAGUCUAUGUGGUAAAUAGCAGUUACUUUCAUGUUUGUCAAGUCAUGACGUGGUCCUUUGAAUACAAAACACUAAUAUAAAAUAAAUAUAUUUUUCCCCAGGAACUUCUGCCCAAGAAAGUAACACACGACUGGCUAGAACGAGUGUUUACCAAAUGUGGAAAUGUGGUUUACGUCAGCGUGCCGAGAUACAAAACCACGGGACACUCCAAAGGGUUCGCCUUCAUUGAGUUUGAGACUGAAGAGGAAGCACAGAAAGCCAUAGAGGUGAGAUAUCAUAAAGAUUCCUCUGUAAUGAAUUUUGUGAUUGAAUGGAUGUGUCCUACCUAGUAACAAGCAGGUGGAGAACUAACUAUGUUCUCCUUGUCCAGAUGCUGAACAACCCUCCAGAGGACGCCCCCAGGAAACCUGGCAUCUUCCCAAAGACCAAGAACAGGAAGCCUAUCCCCAAUCCACCCUCCCUGAACACCACGCUAGGUGGGUAUUGGGAAGAAUAAAGCAUCGCUGGUUAACUCCAGAGUGACUACACACAAUCAAAACAACUGCAUAUGUUGGAAAGUUUUUAGUAAAGUGCCAACAUUUAAAAGUAUCAAGUUAAAGCCCUUUACCAUCUGUUCAUCUACUGUGUGUGUGUGCGUGUGUCUGUGUCUCUGUGUUUUUGCAGACGAGGAAGAGGAGAAGAAGAGGAAGAGGAGGAAGAAGAAGUCCAGGGGGAACACCAAAGAGGACGUCCCGUCACAGGCGGAGACAACAGUGGGCGGGGCCAAAGAACAGGAAAUAGAAUCUGAGUCUAAGCCCUCUGACAGGAAGAGGAAAUGCAAGGCCGAGGGUGCAGAGGUUGUAGCACCUGCAGGGGGCACAGAUAAAGCCCCGGCCAAAAAGCUAGAGAAGAAGAGACGGCGGUCCCAGGCAGGGGAGAGCUCAGAGAGUGACGUCCAGGGAGACAUGCCGGCCAAGCUGAGAAGGAUGAGCGAGGGGGAGGAGGGAAAGGUGAAGGAGGAGGACAAGGUGAUGGGGAGUGAUGGGAAAGGUAAUGCCCUUAAUUGUAUUGAACCUACAUCACAUUGUUUGUGAGCAGAUAAAAUCACUGGUUUUGGGUACAAGAAAAUACACGUGGGCAGGUUUGAUUAAAUCCAGUCCUAAGGAUGGUCUACUGGUCAGCAGUAACAAAUAAAGCCUAAUAGUAAUCUGGUGUCUUCAGAUCUGCCUCUCAAGGAGGAGAAGGAGGAAGAGGAGGAGAAGAUGGACGACUCCCUGCUAAAAGCUAAGAGGAAGAGGAAGAAGAAGCACAAGGAGAGGGUGAAGAUUGGUGAAGAUGUCAUUCCUCUCCGGGUUCUCUCCAAGUAAGAACCUUCAUGCAUCUUAAUGACUAAUAGCCUGCUCUGAGUCAAUCAGACCAAUAGCAUUGACUUAAUCUAAAUCCCUAAAUAAAUGAGUCUAAACCAUAGCAUCUUUAUUGAACAAUCCGAUACCCUAGUGUUAGACAAGAUAUUGUUAUUCAAAUCGAGAGCUUGCUCUCUCGCAUUCUCUCUCUUCUUUCUCUUCCUCCCCCCCUCCAUCCUCUCCUUCCUCCCCCUCCAUCCUCUCAUUUUGUCUGUCUGGAUGGAAGGAAAGACUGGCUGAAGCUGAAGGUGGAGUAUCUGACCCUGCAGAAGAGGAGCAUGGGAGCUCUGAAGACGUGCCUGACCAAGUUCCACAACAAGGGGGAAGGAGGAAAAAUGGAGAUGGACACCAGUCUCCAACAGAAACAGACAUGUACGUACCUCGUUAGUGCCUAAUAUUUACCCACUACUUACCUAUCUGUCAGUAGUACAACUUCUGCAUGUUUAAAUCCCCUAGUACUCUCAUAUAAACACUCAAAAUAUUGAUAUUGUGUCAAAUGUUAGUUUGCUGUAGAAAUAUUACAUCAGAAUAAAUGCUGAAAAUCUUUUGAAACCGGUUCUCAUGCAAUUGACCAUUUCCACACACAAUAUUAUGUCUUCUUCACAAUGUAUCUUUGUGUCUUUUUUUUCCUAAGCUGAGGAGAGUAAGAAGGCAGGUGAAAAGGAGACUCCCCCCGGGCCUCAGUUUGAGAGUGGCUGCAUCGUCAGGAUCACCCACACCAAACCCUUACCUGGCAGAAAAGUCAUCAAGGUAGAGAUGUGCUUUUAACGCUCUUCUUUUACCAUGUUUAUUAUGCAUUCAUUGUUUCACAUACAAAUGAUUAGAGCCAUAUGUUCUUCUAACCCAAAGUUUGUGUGUAUCUAGGACGCUCUCUCUGAGGUGUCCCCAGUGGUGUAUGUGGACACCCUAGAGGGGGACGCCGAGGGUCACGUCCGCUUCAAGACUCCAGCCGAGGCCAAGGCCAUCAUUGACGCUCGCACCGAGCUGCAGAACAAACACAGCUGGCAGCUGGAGAUCCUCUCUGGUAGGCUGACUCUCCCACUACUACCACUAUAGUUCAUCAAGGGCCCUGUUCAAAUCAUCUUUAUUUGCAUCCUUCCUUCCUUUGAGGUAAGCACUGAGCUGACAUGACUAGUGACAGCAACACAGAGGUAGCCUUGCUCACACCUAUCAAAUCAUAUUAGAUCAGUGAUUUCUUCAAGGAUGGGAGAAGGGAUGGAUGUAUUUGGGAGAAUUGAAACGGGGCCAUAAACUAUUUACUACAUCUGAACAGAGGCAAUGGCGACAUACAGUGCAUUCGGAAAGUAUUCAGACCCCUUGACUUUUUCCACAUUUUAUUACGUUACAGCCUUAUUCUAAAAUGGAUUAAAUUAAAAUGUUCCCUCAUCAAUCACACGCAAUACACCAUAAUGACAAAGCGAAAACAGGUUUUUAGAUUUUUUUGCAAAUGUAUUUAAAAAAAUUACCUUAUUUACAUAUGUAUUUGAACCCUUUGCUAUGAGACUCGAAAUUGAGCUCCGGUGCAUCCUGUUUCCAUUGAUCAUACUUGAGAUGUUUCUACAACUUAAUUGGAGUCCUCCUGUGUUAAAUUCAAUUGAUUGGACAUGAUUUGGAAAGGCAUACACCUGUCUAUAUAAGGUCCCACAGUUGACAGUGCAUGUCAGAGCAAAAACCAAGCCUUCGAGGUCGAAGCAAUUGUCCGUAGAGCUCCGAGAGAGGAUUGGGUCGAGGCACAGGUUCCAACAAACUUAAUGCACCAUAAUGAAUGUCUGUCAGAAGCUCUAUAUUCCCUUAUACUGGUUACAGACACGUUACAUAGGCAUAGUUCAUAAGGUUGGUUCCGGCAUGUCUGGCACCGUCUCCUAUCUUAUAUUCUGGGCGUUCUGCCAACUAGUCUAAAGGAGGAAGUCAUAACGCCCCCCCUCAUAUCCUUACCAGGCACAGGCAGGAACAAAGGAUUGUUUAUGACACCAAAGACAAGAUGCACAAAGUAACAUUUCCUUUAGAUUCCAUCCUUUUAUCACUUGUGUGAUAAUAAUAAUUACAUUUUAAAGUAAGCAUUAGAUUUGAGCUUCUAUCAAAAGGAGGUUCUGUCAAAUUACAUCAUUAUAAUAAGUCAUAACAAAGGUUAUACUUCUAUUAACUUCAUCAUUAUAAUGAAUCAUAAUAAAGCUAAAAUCUACAAUCAAAAGGUUAUAAUCAACGGGAGUGAGUAUCAAAAAUACAUACACAAGUGAUCUGUAGAUUCAGAGGUGAAUAAAUCUCUCAAUGUUAACCAUUGUUUCCAUAUCUCUUAGCACAAUCGGGUUGGAUUGACCUAUGUUUUUCUAACUGUCCCUGGGACAUCGACUCACUCAAAAUAUAAAACCAUGUUGUUUAACAAUUCUGCUAAGACCUUCAAAAGGUUGGUGCUGGCUCAUCAGCUCAGUGUUCCACAUAAUGUAAACAGGUUAAGGGUUUAGAUGACCUUACCCUUAACUUGUUAAAUGAAAACAACUUUCAAUCAUUACUCAUCGUCCGUAUCUACAGGGGGCAAUGGGAGCUCAUCCAGAGUUGGCAGCUCCAUUAGCUUCACCAUCCUCUGGAGGAGCAGAAAACCUUACCAGCCAGAGAGGCACAGAUCUCCUUACAGCAUGUUAAUAACACAAUUAAGCAAACUAAACAAAAAACACACUGCAGCCCAUGGGGCAAUUUGGGAUCUCCAACUUCCAAACAUGGAUUCUAACCAAGUUGCAAGCGUCCAUUCUGGUUUUUGGGGAAUUAUUCUUAGCAACAGUGGCAAUUUAUUCGGCAAGAUCAGUCAUUAGAAGAGUGAUCUGGGACAAAAGUACAACAUUCGUCGCCAGUGAUUGCACAAUCGCCCCCUUUGACCUGCCAAAAGAUAGUCAAGAGCCUCUCUGUUUUGCAGAUUUUAUUUUAGCAUUGCCAAUUUUCUCUACGUAUCUAGAGAUCUCCAGAAUUUGGUCUAGGGCACAUGCAUAUUGACUUUCACAGGGAAGAGAGAGAACACAUGUUAUAAUAGUGUCAUACCAACCUUGAUAAGAAUGAGAUUGGGGCAAGGUUAGCCCAAGCUACAAUCUAGUAGCUCUCCUCACAUUUUAGGGGCAUAGCUCUGUAUCUAGAAGCCUCGCCUUUCCAAAUCAUAAUUAUAACUAUUGAUCAAUUAUCCAACCCAACUUUAGAAUGACAGUCCUUAGUGCUUCACGUUGGUUCUAUCACUUUAACGUAAGACCCUCAACUUAGCACACGCCGAUACUGGCAGAAUGUACACUUACAUUUACAUACAGUAUAUUAAUCUUAUUUUUCUAGCAUUAGCUUUUCUCAUCACUUGUGGUAAUGACAGAUUGUUAUAUCAAUGCAUUCUUAGUCUAAAUUCCUAUACAUUUCGCAGUGUGCAGACCUCCACAAUCAACCUGAUACCCCAAAUAAACCAUUUUGGAUAAGCCUAAAUCAAUUACGGGCACGGUUGACCACCCCCCUCCCUCCUGGCACUCAUCCUUCUGGCGUUUCUUCAUGUUCUUCUUCAGAUAGUGUUUCAGUUCGUCCUCCCAAUGGCACAUGUUCAAAGUGGGUGGCCCUUGAUAAUGUCUCUCACCUGAGCCGCCACUGUCCUUUACAGUCCAUUAUGUCUUGUCCAUUUUCCUACCAGUACACCAGCAGCAUUAGAGAAGUUUGGAUGGGAUCUCUCUCCAUGCUCACUCCAUGUGGACUCAUGUCGCACUCCUGAGAGAAAAGGCAUGAGAGAAGGCAGUUGAUAACUUCGACUGGAUGCUGUGUACAGGUUGCUGGCUUGGACUCAAGUCGCACGGUAGAAGUGGUGAAGGACCAUACUGAACGCCAUUUUGGCCAUUGCUUCAGCCAGUUAGGGGGGGUUGAGGUUCACACUGUUCUUGGUCAAAUUAUCCCUUCCAUGCAUCUAGACACCAUCUGUGACACCAUCUGUGGUCACCUUUGCCAUAAUCGAGAGAGAGAGAGAGAGAGAGGACAGACCAGAACAACAGUUUAGUUUAGGGCAUUUCUGAUUCAGGAAACCCAGACAAAUGAUUUACUGUAUGACAAAUUAUUAUUACGACCAAUAUUCUAAAUACAGAUUUAUAAAACAAAUGUCUAAGAGAAUAACAACACACAGUUGAAAGCAUUAUUAUUAUUAUUAUUAUUAUUAAUAUUAUUUGGCUUAUACGCCCUUAUCAUCUUGGAGAUCUCACUGCAGAGUUACAGGGUCAGGGAGUUGGAGGGCUAAUCCUUAGAGAGAAAUCCCAACCAUCCAGCAGACCCAAUCCGGUGAGAUUUGUUAUUGAAGCAAGACACAAAAACAAUGAAAAGACAACAAAACAACAACAGCAAUACUCAUAUCACUUGAUGUGGGGAAAACUUCAAUCCAUUUGGAGUAACUGUCAACCAUUACCAACAUCAAUUUUUUCCUUUUACAGGCAGGCGUGUGAAGAAAAUAAAUGUGUAUAUUUACCAAAGGGCCCCAGGGGACUGGUAAUUACCCCUUUGGACACCUGACUCACAUCGUGAUUCAUGCGUCCAAAAACAACAACAACACUGCCUGUUAAAUCAAAAAUAAACAAAUUAGAAUAACAAAUCAAAUUAGAAUUACCACUCUUGAUAACUCCAUAAGGAAAUAAUUGUAAUAAUAAUAUGCCAUUUAGCAGACGCUUUUAUCCAAAGCGACUUACAGUCAUGUGUGCAUAUAUUUUUACGUAUGGGUGGCCCCCGGGAUCGAACCCACUACCCUGGCGUUACAAGCGCCAUGCUCUACCAAUUGCGCUACAGAGGACCACAAGGUAAUGGUAAAAUAGACUAGAGACAGUUGUCCCUCAUUCAGGGGCAGCGCUCUCUCUCUGUCUUCUCGUGGUCCGAAUCACACAUGGGACUAUUGAUAAAUUAUAAACUUCUUCUAAUUAUUAGUGUUUACAUAGCCCAUUUAAAUCUCACCCAAUGUCUCCAGUCUUUCUAGUGAGGGUGAUCAGGCCUCACCAGGCAGUCAGAACAGAGUUCAAUCAGCCCUAUUUAAGUGAGUUUUUGUUUUCCUGUACCUCAGACAUUAUUUAAAGAUAUUUCAAACAUUUUGUGUCUCAGGUUUACAUUGGGUUUUUCAGUACAUUUCUUCUAAUCAAGAGAAUUGACAUGUACAGUGGGGAAAAAAAGUAUUUAGUCAGCCACCAAUUGUGCAAGUUAUCCCACUUAAAAAGAUGAGAGAGGCCUGUAAUUUUCAUCAUAGGUACACGUCAACUAUGACAGACAAAAUGAGAGAGAAAAAAUCCAGAAAAUCACAUUGUAGGAUUUUUUAUGAAUUUAUUUGCAAACUAUGGUGGAAAAUAAGUGUUUGGUCAAUAACAAACGUUUCUCAAUACUUUGUUAUAUACCCUUUGUUUGCAAUGACACAGGUCAAACGUUUUCUGUAAGUCUUCACAAGGUUUUCACACACUGUUGCUGGUAUUUUGGCCCAUUCCUCCAUGCAGAUCUCCUCUAGAGCAGUGAUGUUUUGGGGCUGUCGCUGGGCAGCACGGACUUUCAACUCCCUCCAAAGAUUUUCUAUGGGGUUGAGAUCUGGAGACUGGCUAGGCCACUCCAGGACCUUGAAAUGCUUCUUACGAAGCCACUCCUUCGUUGCCCGGGCGGUGUGUUUGGGAUCAUUAUCAUGCUGAAAGACCCAGCCACGUUUCAUCUUCAAUGCCCUUGCUGAUGGAAGGAGGUUUUCACUCAAAAUCUCACGAUACAUGGCCCCAUUCAUUCUUUCCUUUACAUGGAUCAGUCGUCCUGGUCCCUUUGCAGAAAAACAGCCCCAAAGCAUGAUGUUUCCACCCCCAUGCUUCACAGUAGGUAUGGUGUUCUUUGGAUGCAACUCAGCAUUCUUUGUCCUCCAAACACGACGAGUUGAGUUUUUACCAAAAAGUUCUAUUUUGGUUUCAUCUGACCAUCUGACAUUCUCCCAAUCCUCUUCUGGAUCAUUCAAAUGCACUCUAGCAAACUUCAGACGGGCCUGGACAUGUACUGGCUUAAGCAGGGGGACACGUCUGGCACUGCAGGAUUUGAGUCCCUGGCGGCGUAGUGUGUUACUGAUGGUAGGCUUUGUUACUUUGGUCCCAGCUCUCUGCAGGUCAUUCACUAGGUCCCCCCGUGUGGUUCUGGGAUUUUUGCUCACCGUUCUUGUGAUCAUUUUGACCCCACGGGGUGAGAUCUUGCGUGGAGCCCCAGAUCGAGGGAGAUUAUCAGUGGUCUUGUAUGUCUUCCAUUUCCUAAUAAUUGCUCCCACAGUUGAUUUCUUCAAACCAAGCUGCUUACCUAUUGCAGAUUCAGUCUUCCCAGCCUGGUGCAGGUCUACAAUUUUGUUUCUGGUGUCCUUUGACAGCUCUUUGGUCUUGGCCAUAGUGGAGUUUGGAGUGUGACUGUUUGAGGUUGUGGACAGGUGUCUUUUAUACUGCUAACAAGUUCAAACAGGUGCCAUUAAUACAGGUAACGAGUGGAGGACAGAGGAGCCUCUUAAAGAAGAAGUUACAGGUCUGUGAGAGCCAGAAAUCUUGCUUGUUUGUAGGUGACCAAAUACUUAUUUUCCACCAUAAUUUGCAAAUAAAUUCAUUAAAAAUCCUACAAUGUGAUUUUCUGGGAAAAUUUUUCCUCAAUUUGUCUGUCAUAGUUGACGUGUACCUAUGAUGAAAAUUACAGGCCUCUCUCAUCUUUUUAAGUGGGAGAACUUGCACAAUUUGUGGCUGACUAAAUACUUUUUUUCCACACUGUAUGCACCCAAAACUCUGACAAUAGAAACUUCAGAAAAUGACAUUUUUGUACAGCAUCCUAAAACCGAAAUAAAAAGACCCCACACAAUAAAUCCAACAAAUAUUCAUUAACAGGUGUGUGGGUGCUGGUGUGUAUAUAGUAAAAAUUGUAGGGUAAAAACAAACAAAAUGGCCUUGCCUUACUUAAUUUGGGAGCUCCUUUGACAGCUGGAUCCGGUUACCUUUAACUGCUCUCCUAAGGCAUUGUCAUUUUGACCUGUUGUGUUGACAUACAAUUCUAUACAAACUGUCCCUAAUUUCCCCACUGUCUCUCUUACAGCCUGUUUGAGUUCAGUGUGUACUGGCGUAUAUCUAUUGUUUCACAGGAAGGUUAUCUUUAACCCAAACAACAGAUGUUAAACACGAGAGCAGUGGACCAGGCCUUUAAGAGUGAGCGACCUCAAAUGUAAUAUCAGUCCCAAUGCUCAAUCAAAUUACUAAGAUAUUGCAUUAUUAGAGUGCUAUCUGCAAAUCAACUACCAUUCACUUUGUUACUUUCACUAGUCUCCAUAUGUUUCCUUCAACUAGGACUUCCUUCUUCCCAAUAGGAAGACAAUCUACUACUACUAAUGCACACGGAUCACUCUCAAACAACAUUCUGCUUUUCCCCCUAUUGCAAGGUUGAAAACAAACAAAACAUUUACAUUACAUUUUAGUCAUUUAGCAGACGCUCUUAUCCAGAGCGACUUACAGUUAGUGAAUACAUAUUUUUUUUAUACUGGCCCCCCAUGGGAAUCGAACCCACAACCCUGGCGUUGCAAACGCCAUGCUCUAUCAACUGAGCUACAUCCCUGCCGGCCAUUCCCUCCCCUACCCUGGACAACGCUGGGCCAAUUGUGCACCGCCCAUGAGUCUCCCGGUCGCGACAGAGCCUGGAUUCGAACCAGGAUCUCUAGUGGCACAGUUAGCAUGCCUUAGACCACUGCGCCACUCAGGAGCUCAAACAUGAUAACUUUCUCCAUAUUGGAAGGCAUUGUUUUCAUUUUAGUAUACCUUCAAAAAGUUAUUCUAUUUUUAUUACCAAUCUCUGUUGGAUAUUCACUUUCUGCUUCAAUAUUUAUUAAAUGUCUAUUAUUUUAAGAUUCAUGUGUAAUGCUUUGGAGGGAUCAAUAUGUAUUAACUAGGUUGGCACUGUCUCAGUCCCCAGUAGAUGGCGCGCUCCGUCCAUAAUAAGUCUGGCACCUGAGACGGCAUAGAUAGGGAAACAGAUGCAGUCUCCAUUUUGCCUACUAACGAAUUGGUUUAGAACGUCAUCAUUUGGGAUAUCAACGAAAACUCCAUCAGGAGCACAAUAAAUUGUAACCUUAAGUUUAGUUAACAGAAAAUCAUGUUCAACAUUCAUUGGUUCUAUUUAUAGUUUUAUUGGUUAGGGGUAAGUCAAGUCCCGUACAAUGCUUUAACCGUAUCAUACCUCAAAUGAUCCAUAAAGGGACCACUCUGAACAUUUGUCAGAAUACUUUCUUCACCACUUCCAUUUGAAGUUGGAAGUUUACAUACACUUAGGUUGGAGUCAUUAAAACUCGUUUUUCAACCACUCCAAAAAUGUCUUGUUAACAAACUAUAGUAAGCAUGACACAAGUAAUUUUUCCAACAAUUGUUGACACAGAUUAUUUUACAUUUACAUCAUUUAGCAGACGCUCUUAUUUCCAGAGCGACUUACAAAUUGGUGACUUAUAAUUCACUCUAUCACAAUUCCAGUGGGUCAGAAGUUUAAAUACACUAAGUUGACUGUUCCUUUAAACAGCUUGGAAAAUUCCAGAAAAUGAUGUCAUGGCUUUAGAAGCUUCUGAUAGGCUAAUUGACAUAAUUUGAGUCAAUUGGAGGUGUACCUGUGGAUGUAUUUCAAGGCCUACCUUCAAACUCAGUGCCUCUUUGCUUGACAUCAUGGGAAAGUCAAAAGAAAUCAGCCAAGACCUCAGAAAAAAAAUUGUAGACCUCCACAAGUCUGGUUCAUCCUUGGGAGCAAUUUCCAAACGCCUGAAGGUACCACGUUCAUCUGUACAAACAAUAAUACGUAAGUAUAAACACCAUGGGACCAUGCAGCCGUCAUACCGCUGAGGAAGGAGACGCGUUCUGUCUCCUAGAGAUGAACAUACUUUGGUGCGAAAAGUGCAAAUCAAUCCCAGAACAACAGCAACGGACCUUGUGAAGAUGCUGGAGGAAACAGGUACAAAAGUAUCUAUAUCCGCAGUAAAACGAGUCCUAUAUCGACAUAACCUGAAAGGCCGCUCAGCAAGGAAGAAGCCACUGCUCCAAAACCGCCAUAAAAAAGCCAGACUAUGGUUUGCAACUGCACAUGGGGACAAAUAUCAUACUUUUUUGAGAAAUGUCCUCUGGUCUGAUGAAACAAAAAUAGAACUGUUUGGCCAUAAUGACCAUCGUUAUGUUUGGAGGAAAAAGGGGAAGGCUUGCAAGGUGAAGAACACCAUCCUAACCGUGAAGCAUGGGGAUGGCAGCAUCCUUUGCUGCAGGAGGGACUGGUGCACUUCACAAAAUAGAUGGCAUCAUGAGGAAGGAAAAUUAUGUGGAUAUAUUGAAGCAACAUCUCAAGACAUCAGUCAGGAAGUUAAAGUUUGGUCGCAAAUGGGUCUUCCAAAUGGACAAUGACCACUAGUCUAUGACUUUUCAGAUCACCCAGUAAUGCUAUCUGCAGGGUUAGCUCCAGGUAAAUAUUGCAAUCCUUUAACCAUUCCUGGACCUGUGUCCAAAAACAAGCUACAAAUGGACAGUACCAAAACAAAUGAUCUAAUGAUUCUGUCUCUUCGCAGCAAAAUCUGCAGAGCUGGGAAGAUUGUAUCCCCCAUAUAAAUAACAUUCUAUUGGUAGCAAGAAUUUUAAAUAAUAAUUUAAAUAGAAAAAUUAUACGUUUUGAAUUCGGCGUCGUUUUGCGUAUCAGUUCAUAAACACUAUGCCAUGGGAUCGGUACGUCAAAAAUCUCUUCCCAACUAUUUUGCAAUCUAUAUGGGACGGCUGUCAAUCCUUUGGUCCUUAAAUGAAACUGGUCAACUUUUUUAUUUAUCACAGUUUUCUUUAAUGCAAGGCUGACAGACGAGUUCCUUACUUUUUCCCCCUUCCACUUUCCUCUUCCAUAUUUGCCGUAAUGCUGCAAUUAUUUGGUUGUAAUUUUGGGUAGAGAAGACAUUUCCAAAUGUUUUUGUUAGCUGCAUGUGCGACAACUCCACCAGUCCUACUGAUGAUAUCAUUUAUGAAGAAUAUACCUUUUUUAAACAUUUUGUCAAAAUUAGUAUAUUUGAGUUUAACCACAAUAAUUGUUGCAUUUAUUGUUCUGUCGUUUCUGGAGGAUUAAAUUGAAAUUGCAACCAACUUUCUAUGGCUUGUUUUAGAAAUUGUGAUAUUUGGGAGAUUAUUUCCUUUUCAAAUAACUGAAAGUGAGAGGUUGUAAUCUGAAUAAAGGGAAAAAGGCCAUUCUUGAACAUUGGGUGAGACAAUCUUACUAAUUUGGUAGAGAACCAGUUUGGAUUUAAGUAUAACUUUUGUAUGACUGAAGCGUUUAGUGAGAGGUCUAAUGCGUUAAUAUUUAAUAAUUUCUAUCCUCCGAAUUCAUAUUCAUUAUAUAAAAAGGCCUGUUUAAUUUUGUCUGGCUUGCCGUUCCAAAUAAAAUGGAAUAUUUAUUUUUCAUAUAAUUUAAAAAACUGUUCGCUAGGCCAUGAGAAACAAGACCAUAAGCAAAUAGGUAAACUGGGAUUAUACUAAAGAGUUAAUCAGGGUGAUUUUCCCACAAAUUGACAGGUAUUUACCUUUCCAUGGUAGCAAGAUCUUAUCUAUUUUUGCUAACUUUCUAUUAAAAUUGAUUGGAGUGAGAUCAUUUAUUUCAUUUGGGAUAUGUAUUCCGAGUAUAUCCACAUCACCAUCAGACCAUUUUAUUAGUAAACUACAUGGUAAUGUAAAAAUUGUAUUUUGUAGUAAUCCAAUAUGUAGUAUAGUACAUUUAUCAUAAUUUGGUUGUAAUCCAGAGAGGUUAGAAAAUGUUUCUAGAUCCUCUGAGGCUGUGGAUUUAAAAGAAAACAUGAAUCAUCAUUUAAAUUGACUUACUGAAAUCAGUUGCCGUCCCUCAAUUGUUCGCGGAUUAUGUGUCUCCUCCUGGGCAGCUCACAGUAAGGGUCUGGUCUGGGCGGGUCUCAUCGUCUUUUGGUCAGAUGGGAAUUUCCCUCACGCUUCAUAAAAUGCGUCACCAGUUUUCUUCGCAGACCCCCACUGGAAAGCUCCGCAGGCAGAAUCAAUCAUCCUUUUCGUGACGCCAAAUUGUCGUGGAAAUUCUUACACAGGGACACUCAAAGUCUAUCUUAAAUGAAUCAUUGUUUAUUGUCAGCGCGCUGGAGAGGUUCCAACGGGGCUCCAGAGCGCUCAGGACCUCAGACUGGGGCGACGGUUCACCUUCCAACAGGACAACGACCCUAAACAUACAGCCAAGACAACGCAGGAGUGGCUUCGGGACAAGUCUCUGAAUGUCCUUGAGUGGCCCAGCCAGAGCCGGGACUUGAACCCGAUUGAACAUCUCUGGAGAGACCUGAAAAUAGCUGUGCAGCGACGCUCCCCAUCCAACUGUUUUUGCUUUGUCAUUAUGGUGUUUUGUGUUUAGAUUGAUGAGGGGGAAAAAAACAAUUUUAAUCAAUUUUAGAAUAAGGCUGUAACGUAACAAGAUGUGGAAAAAGUCAAGGGGUCUGAAUACUUUCUGAAUGCACUGUAAGAUCAUGGUUAAUUAACAGUUGGUUGUCCUCUGUAGCUCAGUUGGUAGAGCAUGGCACUUGCAAUGCCAGGAUAGUGGGUUCGAUUCCCGGGACCUCCCGUACACCAAAGUCCCUUUGGAUAAAAACAUCUGCUAAAUGGCAUUUAUUAUAAUAAUUUUCAUACAUUAAUUAAUUAUUAUAUAUUACGUUUUUUGAGUCCUUUUACUGCAUCUUCAUUUGAGGAUCAAGAUAGUAUAUUCAUGAAGGGAUGUCUUUUACCAAAAUAUGUUUGAUUGAUUUGGCUUCAUUUGCUCAAUAAGAGAAGAAUGUGGCUGAAUGAUUUGUUGCACUUUGGAAAGAGGUGUUUUGGGGCUGUUUUCAUGUGCUGCUGUGUUACAGUGGUGGUCACACUGAAACUGACAAUUUCUAAUUUCUUCAUUCAUUUGUACUUGUAGGCGACCAUGAACAAAGGUACUGGCAGAAGAUCCUGGUGGACCGCCAAGCUAAGCUGAACCGGCCCAGAGACAAGAAACGUGGAACAGAGAAGGUAGGCUUCCCUCCAUUUACAUUUCCUAUGGAUUAUUUACAAGGAUCUCUAGCAGCACCCAACCAUUUUCUUUUGAGGAAAACCAUUUUUGAAUGAGCAUGUUGUUCACUCAUAUUAUUGUAGGCCUUAAAUUGAUUUUAACAGAACAAUGUCUCCCUUUCAUUUCUGUUUCUGCCCCAGCUAAUUUCCAAAGCCGAGAAAAUCAUCAUAGCCCGGGCCAAGGAGGCCACUAAGCACAUCCGCUUCAUGGAAGACUGA